UCGCUUCUUCCAGCCUUCGCCGCUACAAGAGAGAACGCCAUCAGCCACCGACUAUCGUCCUUGCACUCAGCCUAGAGACACUGCUCCGACGUUGCAGCACCACGCAACCCACCGCUAAACAGCUAGCACCAGCACCAGCUCAGGGCGGAGAGAAAACCCAGCUUUUGCACGGCCUCGGCACAGAGAGUGAGAGCACUGUCUGGAGAAGAAGAAGAAGAAGAGGAGGCUCCAAGAAGACCCACAGCCACGAGAAACUUUAAAGCAAGCUUGAUAGAGAUGGAUAUGGAUGGGGAAGCCGAAGAGAAUUCAAGGCGGGUCCAAGUGCGGUUCGUGACGAAGCUCAAACCUCCCCUCAAAGUUCCUCCUUCGUCGAUUGCCAUCCCUUCCAAUCUCACCAGACUGGGCCUCUCCACCGUUGUCAACAAUCUUCUCCAAGCCGGAAAUCUUGAUUGGAAAGCUGAGCCCUUUGAUUUUCUGAUUGAUGGCGAGCUGGUGCGGAUGUCGCUUGAAAAGUUUCUUCUUGCCAAGGGCAUUUCGGCGGAAAAGAUAUUGGAAAUCGAAUAUAUAAAGGCCGUGGCCCCACGGAAAGAAGAAGAACCUUCAUUUCACGAUGACUGGGUCAGUGCAGUCGAUGGUUCUAAUCCUGGGUUCAUUGUGACUGGGUGCUAUGAUGGUUUAGCAAGGCUUUGGAAAGCUGCUGGAGUGUGUACACAUAUAUUGGAAGGACAUUCUGAUGGAGUUGCUUCUGUUGGUGUCAUCAACCGAGAAGGUGCUGAAAGUAUUACUGUGGCCACUGCUUCAAAAGAUCGCACCCUGCGGCUGUGGAAGUUUAAUACGGAGGAGCCCGUAAAUAAUCCAAUCAAAAUAAGAGCAUUCAAAACUUUGCGUGGACAUAGAGGAUCAGUGCAAAGUGUUGCAGCACAGACUUCUGGAGACAUGGUUUGUUCAGGUUCUUGGGAUUGCACGAUCAAUUUAUGGCAGACAAAUGACAACACUGAUGGUGAUCUGUCAAUUAAGAAGAGAAAAGUGAAUGACCACGCUGAUGAAUCUCAAUUGGAGGGGGAGGCUGUAUCCACACUUGUAGGCCAUACGCAAUGUGUAUCUUCUGUGGUAUGGCCAGAGCAUGAAACAAUUUAUUCUGCAUCAUGGGAUCAUUCUGUUAGAAGAUGGGAUGUCGAGACAGGCAAAGAUUUGUCAGACAUAUUUUGUGGGAAAGUUCUCAGCUGCGUUGAUGUUGGAGGUGAAGGUGCUACUCUCAUUGCAGCUGGUGGUUCUGACCCCAUUCUUAGGAUAUGGGAUCCUCGUAAACCAGGAACUUCUGCUCCGGUCUUUCAGUUCUCAUCUCACACUUCUUGGGUUUCGGCUUGCAAGUGGCAUAAAAAAUCUUGGUUUCAUUUAGUUUCAGCAUCUUAUGAUGGGAAAGUAAUGCUAUGGGAUCUAAGAACUGCGUGGCCUCUAGCUGUCAUUGAGUCGCAUGAAGACAAGGUACUAUGUGCUGACUGGUGGAGAGGUGACAGCGUGAUUAGUGGUGGUGCAGACUCAAAGCUCUGCAUUUCUUCUGGAAUUCCUGUGCUAUAAGCAUCAGUCGCAAUCGGAUGCAGCCAAGUCUUUUAGGAAUUGCCCGAGCAUAACCGGAGAGCCAAGGAUUGCCCGGGUAAUAGAGACAAGAUAAAAUGAGAGUUUGUUACUUUUGUCUGAGAUUUUUAACGUUAAUGUUUUGAAUUUCCGAUGCCACAUAGCAGACUCAAAUAUAAAUUUUGACUGAAACUUUAA